CUCUACGCCUCCCGCGCCAAAACAGGCCUCCGCUCAAAACCCAGGACCCCAAGAAAAAUCUCAUGCAUCGGAUGGGACCCAGAAGGGGUUCUGGGCCCACCGCAGGGCGGGCACAUCGCAAGGCUGGAGUUCAAGAAGAGGAUGGAGAGGGACGCCGGAGCUCGGGAGGCUUGUUCGGACCGGCAGGUCAAGGCAGGAGCAGGGAAGCGCCGCCGAGCCAUUCGAGAAGCGAGGGUUGCGCCGGAUACGAUAGAGGGGCUGCUGGAGUAUUUUCUUGAUACCGAUGCAAGGGAGCUCGAGUUUGAGAUCUCCAGGUUGAGACAAAGAUUAACCAAAGAAUUCUUUGACCAUAUAAAGCUCGAACUUGGACAGCUGCGAUUUGCUGUGAAUAGAACACAGGAGAUGGAAGAUAGAAUGAUUGUGCUGGAGGCAAUACAAAAGGUGUUGUUGGAAGGAACAGAAGCAUAUGAUAAAAUGGAAAAGGACCUUGUAUCAACAAAGGAAAAACUGAUGAGAAUAUUGCAGUCGAAAGAUAAGAAAACAACGUUACUUGAUAUGGUAGAGCAAAAUGAAUUGAACAGAUCGGUAUUAGCCCUUCUCGAUGAAAACAUAGCAAGCGCAAUCGAGAACAAUCAGAAAGAAGCUGCAGCUUAUAUGGAGAGUGUUCGUGCAACUAUGCUGAAGUAUAUCACAGUGUAACUAUGAAAAUAACCGUUGUUGUGGAUUCAAGCACGCAUAUUUAAUAUGAUAGAGCGAGAGAGCAAGAGAAGAAUGGAGGAAGAGAGAUGCGAAAAUUCGAAAUUCAUGGGUUUCAUCUGUGAAGAAUGUUUUGAAUGCUUUUGGUUGAUGGAUGCAAGAGAAAUUAUUGAAUGAUUGUGAUAUGUAAUUUAAAAAUGCUUCCAUCUUGCAUCCUUCUCAUUUAAAAGAUAAUGAAUGAAAUGUGAACUAAAUAGCAAGAAUUUGUAUUUAUAUUUUGAUGUUAAAUCGAA